AUGUUCAAUUUGUCUUUAUCAAAUGUUCAGUCAUUACCAACAAAUCCACAUGUUACUGAUCGUAUUAAUAAAAAGAAUGAACAAAAACAUCGUUAUGAACAAUUGUUUUCUUUAUAUCAUCCACGUAAACCAUAUGUGAUUUCUUUUAUUAAUUCAUUGGCAAGUGAAGAAGAAUUAAAAAAUUUAUGUGAUAUUAUUAAAUGUGCAACUGAUUUUAUAUUUGAUACAGAGUCUGAUAUUCAUUCACAUAUACCUGCACUUAUUCAAGUUUUAAUCGUACAAGAAGAUCAAAAACCUCUUUUAGUUUUAUUAAUUGAAACAACACAUUUACCUGAUAUAUUAUCAUUACGUUUUCGUGAAAUUCAAAAGUUAUUUCAAUAUUUAUUUCGUACUGGAACAAAUUUAUAUUCUUGGGGUUCGUUGGAAAAUGAAUUAACUCGAUUUCAAAUUUAUCAAUUAUUUUCUGUACCUGUUCCUGCACGAAUAUUUAAUGUACAAUAUAUAUUUACAAAAUGGUUUAAUGAAUAUAUUAAUAAAAAAUCUAAUGAUAAUAAUAGUAAUACAACAGAUAAUGAUGAUUCAGUUAUUAUCAAUGCACCUGAAAUUGAUUCAGAAUUAUUUUUACCACCAAUAAUGAUGAAUCAUCUUAAAGUUAUAAACAAUGAACUAUGGAGUUUACAAGAUGCAAUCGCAUAUAUUUUUUAUAAACAUCUUUUAAAGCGAGAAACAUUAAGAUCCUGGUCUAUCGGUUUGGACAAAAGAUUAUUAUCACGUAAUAAGAAUUAUUCAUUAAAUUAUCGAAAACGUUUAAUUCAAUAUGCGGAUGUGGCCAAUUUACCACCACGUUCCGCAACUGUUUGUGGAACAUAA